AUGAGCGGACUGCGAGACUUGGUGGCCGAUGCCGCGUGCGAAGGUGGCAACCCCCUCAUGAAUGCCAUGAACCGCCUCUGGGAGGACCCUACCGCCCGCCAGCGCCAGCAGCAGCAGCACCGCCGCGGGUCCGGCACCACGGUGGCGGUGGCGGUGGCGGUGGCGGGCCUACGCAUGCAGAUCCCCUGUCACCAGCAGCAGGAGGGGCCACACGGGCGCUUCCUGGAGGACGACGGGCGGGGAGAAGAAGAGCUCCUCAACUCCCACCAAGGGGUGGAGGGGUUCUUUGGGACGGGGGGCAACGCCUUUGCAGAGCUCGAUCCCGACAUCGACGCCUUUGCCGACGCCUAUGCCGGCCAGCGACAACAAGGCGGGGAGAUGCCCGGACACUUGGAGCACCUGCUGGGCCACCCGAUGGCCUCGGGCGCCAUGCCACCCCACCUGCAGGCCGGCCCCUACCACCACCACAAGCCUCUCGAUUCGCACCACCACCAUCAGAUGGUGGAGGGGAUUCACCGGGCGGGGCCAUAUGGCCGGGCAGGCGACGGAGGCAAGGUGCGCAACCGCCUGGGCGUGAUGGCACACCACUUUGAGCCCACCGCCGAUGCGAGGGGCGACCAUUUGAUGCACGCGCAGCUGGGUCCCUCCUUCGAGGCCAUGACGCUCGGAGACCGGCCGCUCCCUCAGCACCAGGCCCCCGCGCGCGUUGCCGAUGCCUGGGCCGCCGACUUUUCCGAAAAGGAGGCCGAGGCGUGGGCGGCGGAGUUUAAUCCGGAGCAGAUGGGCCACAUGGAGUGGAUCCGCGAAUUCCGCCAGCAAUCGGAGAGGCCCGCCGCGUGGGAGGAGGAGUUUGACAAGUUCGACGAACACGAGUUCCGGGAGUUCCAGAACCACUGGCGCGAGGCCGAGGGGGAGCAGUGGACCAACGAGUUCGAGCAGAUGAAGGACCAGCUCAGCGACAGAAUCGCCUACUCCCGCUACCUCGACACCCUCAACGACCAGCAGGCGCAGGAGGAGCUGAAGCACCUGGGGGCCCGCAUAUCGUCCAUCGCCGAUCCCAAGAUGCAACGCUCCAAGUUCGUGCAGCUCAUGUCCCGCAUCGCGCAAGGCCACGUCACCGUGGAGGGUGAUCAGUUGGUCGAGAGCAACACGUCCGCCACCGCCACCACCUCCGCGCCGCAAGAGGGCACGAUGAGUGAUCUCGUCAACGACUGGCUCGGCGAAUACGACGACUUUGUGCCCCCGACGGUGGGCCAGAGGGGCUGGGACUUUGGCGACUUCGAGGCCGAUGACGAAAUCAGCCGAAUGUUCAACUUUGGUGCCUGGGGCGGCAUACGGCCCUACGAAUUCAGCCCUGACAACCCCUUCGCUGACCACCCCGCCCCGCUCCUCCGCGGCAUCGAGCUCUUUGACGCCGGCGAGCUUUCCGACGCCAUCCUUGCCUUCGAGGCCGCUGCCCAACGCGACAUGCAGGCACACCCCACCCCCACCCAUCCUCUCUCUCUCUCUCUCUUUCCGCGCCGGGGCGGCCAUGGACCCACAUCUCUCACAGCGCCAAUCCCUUCUUGGGCCGCAUCCUGCAACAACGAGGUGUGGAGGCGCCUGGGCGAAGCGCACGCCGAAAACGACCGGGAUGACCGGGCCAUUGCUGCCCUCACCCGCGCCACGCACAUCGACGCCGGGGACCUGCCGGCUCUGAUGUCACUGGCGGUGAGCUGCACCAACGACUCCUACCGCGUGCAGGCCCUGCGUGUGCUCAAGAACUGGCUCGCACGCAACCCGCGCUACCACGAUCAUCCGCUCCUCAGCGCCCCCGAGUUCACCCAAGGUCUCCUCCUCCCCUCCUCCGUCUCCGCGUGCGCCGCUCAAAUCGACACCAUGGACGACGAGUCGGAAUUGCACGACCGGGUGACGGAGAUGUACCUGGAGGCGGCACGCAUGUCUCCGCACGAUCCCGACCCCGACGAGUACGACAAGGCGGUCGAUUGUUUCCGGCUGGCGCUGCAGAAGAGGCCCAACGACUACGCCCUGUGGAACAAGCUGGGCGCCACCCUGGCCAACAGCAACCACAGCAAGGAGGCCCUCGCGCCCUACUACAGAUCGCUCAAGAUCAAGCCCACGUACACGCGGGCGCGAGCCAACUUGGGCAUCAGUUACCUCAACAUGGAGAUGUACCGGGAAGCGGCCACCCAGUUCCUCGCCUGUCUCGCCAUCCAGCCGUCGGCCAAGCACAUCUGGAUGAGCCUGCAGACCGUGUUCUCGCGCAUGGAGAGGGACGACCUCCUUGAGCGCAGCCUCCGCUACGACAUCGACGCCUUCCGCGACGAGUUCGACUUCUGA